AUGUCUGUUGAAGAAAAACAAGACGAAGAAGAUUUUACAAUUUUUCCAAAUUUUCUCGAUGAAAAUUUAUCAUUGAAGAAAAAAAAAGAUUUAUAUCGUUUACCAGAAUGGAUGUCUUCAUUAGCUAAACGAUUUGAUAGUGGACAAUUACAAACAGAAACAACAAUAUCUAUUAAUCAAAUUGAUUAUCUUGAUGAAGAUAUUCGAUCAAUAUUAAUUAAUGAUCUUUCUAUUGAAUAUUUAUUUCCUGUUCAAUCACAAGUUAUACCUUAUUUAAUUCAACAAAAUCAAUCACAUUCACCAAUACCAUUAGCUGAUAUUUGUGUAUCAUCACCAACAGGUAGUGGAAAAACUUUAACAUAUGUUAUACCAUUAUUACAAUGUAUUCGUCAUCGUGUUAUACGUGCUAUUCGUAUUGUUAUUCUUUUACCUGUACAAGAUUUAGCUGAACAAGUUUAUAAUGUUGUUAAUCAAAUAGGAAAUAAAUUACAAUUAAAAACAGCUUUACUUGCUGGACAACAUUCAUUUGAAGAUGAACAAAAAAUUUUAGUUAAACAACAAUUGAAUGGAAGUAAGAAAAUUCUUGUUCAAUGA